CUUGAAGUUGAACAUUGGUGAUGUGCAGCUCAGGCGCUUCAGAAACAUGGUAGCUAGAGCCUAGAGAUAAUUCACAUGGUGGUACUUGGUAUCCAAGAGCAGAAUCCAAGUGCUUUUCAUCUUCCAACUUAUGGCAGCUCGCGUGCUGCAUUGCCAGGAUUGUGAGUUAAGUGUUUCUUGAUGGCUUUGAUCAAUCAGGAGCAAAGUGAACAAAUGGGCUUGGGGAAAACUUUUUAUCAAGAUAUAGAGUGGCAGCAUGAGUUGUAGGCACCAUCGUAGUUGCAGGCACUUCUGCUGAUUCUUGACACGCGCAGAGCUCAAUCUUUGUUUGUCAAAAUUGAUUGUUUUGCCCAACGAAGAUUGUCCGGAUUCUACCAAGUUCUGAGAUGAUUCAGACCUGGCGCAUGAAUGUAAUUCUCCGUCCUCAAGAAGACGUGCUGUGAAUGAAGUGAGCUUGUCCAGGAGUUAGAAUUCAGCUCAAUCAGGUUAUAGCAAAGUAAGGGCCUGACACAGCGAGAAUCAAUACCUGAAAGCAGAUUGACGACGCUCACAAAAAGUCCACAACGCACGCACAAAAUGAUCCGCACUUAUCAGCGCAGGAACAAGGGCGGCAGCAACAGCCAGCCAGACGCCUUCUCACCCUUUGAAUCCGACUCCCAGGACCUCAUCGGGUCUUACCACUCACAGCUUUCAUCCCAAGAAGGAAAUGCAGCCCUCAACUUCUCUGAUCCAAUUAGAACAAGCCAGCAGCCACCUGUUAACAGGCUUGGCUCUUUGAGCAGCCGCCUUGACUUAUUUGCGUUUGAGGAUGAUGAGGAAGAGGAUGCGUUUGGACAGGGCGCUCCUCUUGAGAGACAAGAUUCAGCGCUUACCAGGCGAGGCAGUCAAGGGGGGUCCCCAGCAAAGAAACCCCCUCAUAAGCAUGGAGGGACUGCCGGCCCAGGUUCAGAAUCCUCUCUUCUUGGAGGCGACCAGUUGGCUGAACAGGGCCUGAAAGGCGGCCUUACCAAGAGCCCCCUCUUGGCCGGUAGCUUUGGGAGGGGUGUGAGACACUUCUCCACAGCCCUGCAGUCAUCGUCACUCAUGGAACAUCAGGAGUCUGGCGAGAUGCAAGAGUCCGUCGACGAGGCCAAGUUCGCCCUCGAGGGCCUCACCCCCCGCAGCUCCCCCCGCGUCCUCCGCGCCUCGUUGGUCGCCCUCUCACAGCUCCUCUCCACGUCCGCCCGCCGCCGGGUGCUCCAAGCGCACGGGUUAGGCAAACCGCUGCUAACUGCGAUCACAACCCUACCCCCCUCCGCGGGCCUCCUCCGGCUCGCUUCCGCGGCCAUCGUCUACUUCCUCGCGGUCGAUGACCUGGCACACCGCAGCCUGCUCGACUCGGAUGACGUCAUCCGGCUCGUCCUCGGGUUUCUCGAGGGGGAGAGCGGGGGCGGGGACGGGGGUAAAGGGGACAAAGUGGCGGUUGAGCAGGCGCGGAGAGUGCAGGAGUUGUUCCGAUCUGGGGGGGCUGCAGAUGUGGGCCUGAUUGGGGGGGGAGAGGUGUCGCCUGCGUGGCUGGGGCUACUGGCGCUGGAGCAAGCAAGCAUGGCGGCAGCGCAGCUGCAACAAGAGGCGAGCAUCGGCGGCGCCAAGAGCGCCAACCGCUUCAAGGACCGCCUGCGUGAGCAGGGCGGCCUCGCCACCAUCUGCCACCUGGCGGCCGCCUGCCAGGCCGCCCUGCACGAUGACGUCAGCGGCGGCUCCAGUGACGUCACCCGCGGGAACGAUGACGUCAGCGGGAGGCCGGCGGCCAUGCUGCUCCGGUGCCUGCGGGUGCUGGAGCACGUGACGUACGUGAGUGAAGAGAAUCAGCAGCAUCUGUUGCAGCUUAGGAUUUCGGAACGGGGGGGUGAGAUACAAGACGAAAACGGGGGAAGGGAAGGAGGGGCGGACACGUGCGUGGACGUUGUGCUGGGGUGCAUCGAGGCGCUAGGGUUGGGGGGGGAAGCCAGAAAGUUGGGGGGAAGCAAGAUAUUAGGGAAGAGAAGCGAAGUUACGGAACUGAAGGGAAAAGCUGAGGGGAAUACAGAGCGUUCAGGGAGCGGAGUCAAAGGAAUGAAGAAGGAAACGCUGGGCAGUGAGCAGAAUAUCAAGGAAUCGAAGCUGGUGGGGAGCGCAGGAGCGAGUUUGAGAACGGACAGCAAAAGAGACGGGGCUAAAACUGGGGAGCCGAAGAGGGAGGCCGAGGCAGGGGCAGCCAAGCCGCUGGGGAAGUGGCAAAGCGCAGCGAAAGUGAAGCGGGGGGGGAGCAGGACAUUCCGAGAAGACGAGGUGAUUCCAGACAGCGAUGAAGAGAAUGCGUCCGAAAAGGAGAGAAAGGAUGCGGAGCCAGGCGUUUCGGGGCAAGGAGAGAAAGGGGAGAGCUCAGGGGGCGAACGCGUGGCAGGUGCGGAGAGCAGACACGUGGCGGAAGAGCGGAGUAUAACGCGAAGAGCGUCUGGGAGGAUUGCGAGGGUGGGUUCGGGCGUCCGAAAGUCUGAGGAAAUGGAGGCGAUGGACAUUGUGCGAGAGAGCGGGGUCGAGUCUGCGGUAGGUUCGGGUGACGUCAUGGAAACGUCGAGGGACGUCAGCAACCGGAGGAGCGAUACUGAAGAGAACCGGCCGCCGAUUGUGCGGACUUUCAGCAGAAAGAAGCGGAAAGUGGACAACGGGGGAGUUGAAGAGAUGGGGAAUGGAGGUGGGGGUUCGCAAGGGAAUGGUGGAACUAGAUCGAAGGGGGACACGGCGUCGCAAAUCUCAGACCCGUUCGAAUUCGUUGACGAGGAGACUGAGGGCUCGCAGCAGCUAUCGAGUCAAAACAGCGGGCAGUUACGGGAGAAGCGGAAGUUUGCGGAGACAAGCGCGAAAAGGAAGGCCGGCCUAGAUGCUCUGAGUCGAGGGGAAAGUCUAAAUCUGCAAAGUAGCCAGGACAAAGGGGAGAAUGAGAAGCUGGACAGGAGGUCGUCUUGGAACGGCAAAAGGAAGCUGGGAGCGAAAGCGGCUUCGCUUAAGAGCGAGCCUCUGGGUGCGUUUGACUUUGAGAUUACGGAAGAUGAUGACGUUCCUGCUUUAGGUGCGGGGUUGGAAAAGCACCGAAGAGCUGGAGAUUUGAAAGUCAAGCAAGAGACGAUCGGAAAACCCGCAUUCGACUUCGACGAAGUUGACGAAAAGGCAGCCCCCUCGAGCCAAGCAGCAGAGCCCCUUAGGAGAGCGAGCAGUUCCGGACGCAGGUUAGCCCGGGUUAGGGAGGAGGUCAAGGCUAACCCAGCCCUAGAGCGGAAGAACUCUAGAGGAGUCCGGAACGAAGCGUCCGCCGGAACGCGAGCGAAGGAAGAGCCUGCCCUUCGAGAAAAGACGGCAGCGAGGGCGGCGUUUUCAUUUAACCCGAUUGCAGAGAAGCGGGAACGGAAGGGUUUGAACGCAUCUAGGGGUUUCGACGCAAAUGACGAACCGGAUCUGGUUGAGAUGAAAGAGAAAGUAAAGGGCCCAAGGCGAGACCUGCGCCAAGCACUGGACAAAGGGCUGGUGACGGAGUGCCUCGUGACCUCGGUAAAGGUGCUCAUGAACCUGACGAACGACAACGCGGACGGAUGCCGGCAGAUCGCGGCGGCGGGAGGCCUGCAUUCAGUCGCGUCUCUUCUGGUCUCUCGCUGCCCGCCCCUUAGGACCGGACAUCGCGCUUCGGUUGCAAACGGAGACUCUACCGGAGGUAGUUUGGAAACCUUGGCGUCUGGUGAGGAAAAGGUACAGGGGAGAAACCUCAAGACGGGGGCCCGAAAGAACGGAAAGGGGAACGCGGGGGAUGCUGACCGACAGCUGGCGCCGGAGUUGAGGUUCGAGGGGGGUUCCGAGGCGGCUCUGAUUGGUGCGGCGCUUCCCAACACGACCCCGGAGGGGGGUGACGUCAGCAGCACGGCCCCGCGGAAUGGGCGGGCCACGCAGGGGGCGGCGAAAUUAAAUGCUUCGGUUGAUGACGUCAGCAAACAUGAUGACGUCAGCAUGGGCAGCGGGAACGGGGCGGGGCGAGAGAUCGUAGCGAUUGGGGAGGGGCCGUCCGAAGACCUGGACCUGGUGACGGUUGUGCUGGCGCUGCUGAUCAAUCUGGUGGAGAAAGACCGGAAAAACCGGGCCGCGCUGGCGGCUCUAGAGUUCCCCCGGGGAAGGGGGCAGGCUGGGGAACCUCUAGAGGGGGCGGGGAUGGUCACGUUCCUGUGCGCGCUGUUUUUGAGCAAGAAGGGCGCGGGCGCCAAGGCGGAGUCGGUGGAGAACCAAAUGGCUGCUUUUGAGAUGGAUGACGAGACGCGCCUGCUCGAGGGGCAGCGCGAGGCGGAGGACAUGAUCGUGGAAGCGUAUGCGGCGCUGCUCCUCGCGCUGCUCGCAAAGGAUGAUUUAAGGGCGAGGACGACAGUCGCGGAGAGCCUGCCAGAAGGCGACGCAUCGUCUCUGGUGCCUGUUCUCGAACGAUUCAUGAACUUCCACCUGCGCAUGAACUCGAUUACAAGGGAGGCCCACGAGGCGUUGCUGGACCUUAUCGGGUCCUGUAAGCAACAAGAGAGACCGCCCGCCUAAGGCUUGCGCAGAUCAGAAUAUUGAUGAUGAGCGACCACUGGCCGUGCCUCUUGCACAGAGCUCGAGACUGCAGUGCUUUGCUACAGCAGGCUGUCUUAUCUGCGCUUUAUCAAAAGUGGAAUGUCCAGCCGAGAUAUCGACAGUCGUCUGAUGACUUUGCCUGUCCUACUAUCCGAAUUCAGGAGUUUGCUUUGCGUCCACAGCAAGU